UCAGUCAUCAGUUGGACAGGAUGGAGCUCCGUCCACUCUGUGUGAUGUUCUUGCUGACUGAACUCAUCCUCUGUACACAAACAGGUGAUUUAGAGAAUCCUAAACCUGUGGUGAUUAUAAAGCCUGAUAAACAGGUGUUCAGUGGAGAGACUGUGACAUUCAAAUGUGAGAUAAACAGCACAAAAGUCACCAAGUGGACAUACAGCUUGUAUAAGUAUAAUGACACAGAGAACUCAUACAACGAAACACAAGAGUUCAUCAUCAGCUCAGUUACAGUCUCUAACAGUGGCACAUACACCUGCAGAGGGAAGAGCAGUGACUCUCAGUUCUCAGAGGACAGUGAUCCUGUUACACUCACUGUAUCAGAAAAACCUAAACCUCAACUCACAUCAAGCCUUGAAGGAGAUGUACUGAGAGGAAACUCAGUGAAUCUGUCCUGUACACUGACACCAAAGUCUGCUGGAUGGAAGUUUUACUGGUCCAAACCCACACAGAGCUCUGAGACUGAGACUGAGACUAAGGCUGAGACUGAGACUACAUCAGACUUCAAGACCAUCAGCUUAGAUAAAGUCUAUGACAGUAUUCAGUACAGGUGCAGAGCUGGAAGAGGAAAUCAAGUCUUCACAGACUACAGUAAUGUACUCUCACUAACUGUUAUUGAGAAACCUAAACCUGUAGUGAUUAUAACACCUGAUAAAGAGGUGUUCAGAGGAGAGAAAGUGACAUUCAAAUGUGAGAUACGGAGCACAAAAAACACUGAGUGGACAUACAGCUGGUAUAAGAAAGAUUACACAGAGAACCCAUACAAAGAAACGCAAGAGUUCAUCAUCAGCUCAGUUACAGACUCUGACAGUGGCACAUACAUCUGCAGAGGGAAGAGCAGUGACUCUCAGUUCUCAGAGGACAGUGAUCCUGUUACACUCACUGUAUCAGAAAAACCUAAACCUGAACUCACAUCAAGCCUUAAAGGAGCUGUACUGAGAGGAAACUCAGUGACUCUGUCCUGUACACUGACACCACAGUCUGCUGGAUGGAAGUUUUAUUGGUCCAAAUACACACAGAGCUCUGAGACUGAGGCUGAGGAUGAGACUACAUCAGACUCCUACACCUUCAGCUCAGAUAAAGUCUAUGACGGAAUUCAGUACUGGUGCAGAGCUGGAAGAGGAAAUCAAGUCUUCACAGACUACAGUAAUGUACUCUCACUAACUGUUAUUGAGAGUCCUAAACCUACAGUGACUAUAAACCCUGAUACUCAGGUGUUCAUAGGAGAGACUGUGACUUUCAGGUGUGAUGUACAGAAAGGAAGAGACACUGAGUGGACGUACGACUGGUUUAGGGACAGUAACACAUUGUACCCAUAUUCCACAACAAAGGAGUUCAGCAUCAGGUCUGUUACAGACUCACAUCGUGGUCAAUACACCUGCAGAGGGAGGAGGACAAGUGACUCUCAGAUGUCACAGAUGAGUGAUUCUGUUACACUCUCUGUAUCAAGAAAACCCAAACCGACUGUGAUUGUGACUCCUCAGAGCUCCGUCUACACUGGAGACAAUGUUACUCUGAGCUGUAAUCUGAUGUCCACUGGAUGGAAGUUUCUCUGGUACAAAGGACCGACAUGGAAUUCCCAGUACAUUGGAGCCUCAGACACCAAAACACACACUGUGAGAGUCUCUAAUGAAGGACAAGUAAAUUACUACUGUAAAGCACACAGAGGAAACUACUACUCUGAGAUGAGUAAACCAGCCACAAUUACAAUGAGAGCAAGACCAAAGCCUGAAGUGAAAGUACAGCCAGCUGACCAUGGCUUUGUGUUUACUGGAGAAAAUGUCACUUUCUCAUGUGAGAUAAAGACUGGAGGAUCCUGGGAGUAUCACUGGUUCAGGGAUAAUAAGGAACUCGGAGAUGUUAAAGGAAAGAAAAUCUACAAAAUCACUGAUGUUAAAGAGUCUCAUAAAGGUGUUUACACAUGUAAAGGAACACAGUCAUCAGACCCACAAUACACAGAGACUAGUGAUGCUGUUACACUGACUGUAUCAGAAAAACCUAAACCUGAACUCACAUCAGACCUUAAAGGAGCUGCACUGACAGGAAACUCAGUGAUUCUGUCCUGUACACUGAAGCUGCAGUCUGCUGGAUGGAAGUUUUACUGGAUCAAACCCACACAGAGCUCUGAGACUGAGACUGAAACACACCAGUACAUCAUCAGUUCAGUUAGAGUCUCUGAUGGAGGUCAGUACAGGUGCAGAGCUGGAAGAGGAAACCCAGUCUACUACACAGACUACAGUGAUGUACUCUGGGUAAAUGUUACUGAGAGUCCUAAACCUACAGUGACUAUAAACCCUGAUACUCAGGUGUUCAUGGGAGAGACUGUGACUUUCAAGUGUGAUGUACAGAAAGGAAGAGACACUGAGUGGACGUACGAGUGGUUUUGGGACAGUAACGCAUACCCAUAUCCCACAACAAAUGAGUUCAGCAUCAGCUAUGUUACAGUCUCACAUCGUGGUCAAUACACCUGCAGAGGGAGGAGGACAAGUGACUCUCAGAUGUCAGAGAUGAGUGAUCCUGUUACACUCUCUGUAUCAGGAAAACCCAAACCGACUGUGACUGUGACUCCUCAGAGCUCCGUCUACACUGGAGACAAUGUUACUCUGAGCUGUAAUCUGAUGUCCACUGGAUGGAAGUUUCUCUGGUACAAAGGACCGACAUGGAAUUCCCAGUACAUUGGAGCCUCAGACACCAAAACACACACUGUGAGAGUCUCUUAUGAAGGACGAGUAAAUUACUACUGUAUAGCACGCAGAGGAAACUACUACUACUCAGAGAGGAGUGAACUAGCCACAAUUACAGUGACAGCAAGACCAAAGCCUGAAGUGAAAGUACAGCCAGCUGACCAUGGCUUUGUGUUUACUGGAGAAACUGUCACUUUCUCAUGUGAGAUAAAGACUGGAGGAUCCUGGGAGUAUCACUGGUUCAGGGAUAAUAAUGAACUCAGAGAUGUUAAAGGAAAGAAAAUCUACAAAAUCUUUGAUGUUAAAGAGUCUCAUAAAGGUGUUUACACAUGUAAAGGAACACAGUCAUCAGACCCACAAUACACAGAGACUAGUGAUGCUGUUACACUGACUGUAUCAGAAAAACCUAAACCUCAACUCACAUCAAGCCUUAAAGGAGAUUUACUGAGAGGAAACUCAGUGACUCUGUACUGUACACUGACACCACAGUUUGCUGGAUGGAAGUUUUACUGGUCCAAAUACACACAGAGCCGUUGGACUGAGACUGCAUACACUGAAACAGACUCCUACACCAUCAGCUCAGAUAAAGUCUCUGAUGGAGGUCAGUAUAAGUGCAGAGCUGGAAGAGGAAACCCAGUCUACUACACAGACUACAGUGAUGAACUCUCACUAACUGUUAUUGAGAGUCCUAAACCUACAGUGACUAUAAACCCUGAUACUCAGGUGUUCAUAUAUGAGACUGUGACCUUCAGGUGUGAUGUAGAGGAAGGAAGAGACACUGAGUGGACGUACGGCUGGUUUAGGGACAGUAACACAUUGUACCCAUAUUCCACAACAAAGGAGUUCAGCAUCAGGUCUGUUACAGUCUCACAUCGUGGUCAAUACACCUGCAGAGGGAGGAGGACAAGUGACUCUCAGAUGUCACAGAUGAGUGAUUCUGUUACACUCUCUGUAUCAACAAAACCUAAACCUCAACUCACAUCAAGCCUUAAAGGAGCUGUACUGACAGGAAACUCAGUGACUCUGUACUGUACACUGACACCACAGUCUGCUGGAUGGAAGUUUUACUGGUCCAAAUACACAGGGAGAGAUUGGACUGAGACUAAAUCCACUGAAACAGACUCCUACACCAUCAGUUCAGUUAUUCUCUCUGAUGGAGGUCAUUACAAGUGCAGAGCUGGAAUAAGAAACCCAGUCUACUACACAGACUACAGUGAUGUACUCUGGGUAAAUGUUAUUGGUGAAUCUUCUCCAGUGUCUCUGAUCAUCAGACCGAGCAGAACUCAACACUUUACUGCUGACUCUCUCUCACUGAGCUGUGAGGACCAGAGUGACUCUACUGGAUGGACAGUGAGACGAUACACACAUAAUGAGACAUCGUUCGAUUGUUCAUCAGUUUCAGGAUCUACAUGUAACAUCAGCUCCCUCUCUACAUCACACACUGGAGUUUAUUGGUGUCAGUCUGAAUCUGGAGGACGCAGUAAUUCUGUUAACAUCACAGUGCACACUGAUGUGGUCCUGGACAGUCCUGUCCAUCCUGUGACUGAGGGACAAUCUCUGAUUUUACGCUGUUUAAGUAGACAAAAACCUUCAAACUCUGGUGUUAAUUUUUAUAAAAAUGAUUCCAUCCUCCAGAACCAGACUACAGGAGAGAUGAUCAUCAGUAGUGUCUCAAAGUCAGAUGAAGGUUUCUACCACUGUAAACACCCAGAGAGAGGAGAGUCACCGAAAAGCUGGGUUUCAGUCAGAAAUGGAAAAGCUCCAACAUCUGUACUGAAGCUCCUCAGCAGUGUAGCAACAGCCUCCCUGUAUGUGCUGGUGACCAUCAUUCUGGCAGUGAAAUGUUACAGAGCUCGAGCUGAACCCGAUGAGGACAACAGACCAUACAGAGUGAUAGAAGCUGAAACGUCUUUCUGAGUGUCAGGUUAUAACAUUAUCUAAAACAUCUAUCUUUUAAAUAACAGCAGGUUCCAGUGCAACAGAGAACACAUACAUACAUGUCAUGAUGUAGUAAUGAGUGGUUGUGAGGCUUUAUAGGUGAUUUCUUUUCGUGAUGUAUUUUAUUACUCCUAUGCAUUUUCUUUUCACUAUUUAAACCUUAGAUUGUAUUAUUAUCAUGAAAUACUGUUUGUUUUAAUUGAAUAAUAAUUUUCAGAAUAUAGCCAGCAUUCAUACAAUUUAGCAUUUACUCAGGGAUAAAUAUGCAGUAUGGUUUGAUACUAUAUAAUGGAAUAAAUCUUAAUUUUGUUAUUUUUUUAAGUAAAUACUUGGGCAGAUAGGUUUUGUUAAAAGACUUUUUGAAUGUGCCUGAUUCUUUACUGAUUCAGUUUUUGACCUAAUUCUGUUCUUGCUGAUCACCAUACAAUUUCCUGCUUGUUGACUUUGAUGCCAUAUGAAGUUUUGUAUAUUUUGCUUGAGCUGUUCCUAAUAAACUGUCAAAUGCAA